CGUCACUUCCGGCGGGUGACGGUGCGGACGGGUCAGAAGCGUAGAGGCGGCGGCAAAAUGGCGGCGCCUGAGGAGCGGGACCUCACACAGGAGCAGACCGAGAAGCUGCUGCAGUUUCAGGAUCUGACUGGCAUAGAAUCUAUGGAUCAAUGUCGCCACACUUUGGAACAACAUAACUGGAACAUCGAGGCUGCCGUCCAGGACAGAUUGAAUGAGCAAGAGGGCGUCCCAAGCGUUUUCAACCCCCCUCCACCCCGGCCCCUGCAGGUUAACACAGCCGACCACAGGAUCUACAGCUAUGUUGUCUCAAGACCACAGCCGAGGGGACUGCUCGGAUGGGGUUAUUACUUGAUAAUGCUUCCAUUCCGGUUUACCUACUACACAAUACUUGACAUAUUUCGGUUUGCUCUUCGUUUUAUACGGCCUGACCCUCGCAGCCGGGUCACCGAUCCCGUUGGGGACAUUGUUUCAUUUAUGCACUCUUUUGAAGAGAAAUAUGGGAGGGCACACCCUGUCUUCUACCAGGGAACGUACAGCCAGGCUCUGAAUGACGCCAAGCGGGAGCUACGAUUCCUGUUGGUUUAUCUUCACGGCGACGAUCACCAGGACUCUGAUGAGUUCUGUCGCACCACACUCUGUGCACCUGAAGUUAUCUCGCUGAUAAACACCAGGAUGCUCUUCUGGGCAUGCUCUACAAACAAGCCCGAGGGCUAUAGGGUCUCACAGGCCUUACGAGAGAACACUUACCCGUUCCUGGCCAUGAUUAUGCUGAAGGACCGGAGGAUGACAGUGGUAGGACGGCUAGAGGGCCUCCUUCAACCUGACGACCUCAUCAACCAGCUGACAUUUAUCAUGGAAGCAAACCAGACUUACCUGGUGUCAGAACGCCUAGAAAGGGAAGAACGAAAUCAGACCCAGGUGCUGAGACAGCAGCAGGACGAGGCCUACCUGGCCUCCCUCAGGGCUGACCAGGAGAAGGAGCGGAAGAAGCGGGAGGAGCGGGAGCGGAAGCGGCGGAAGGAAGAAGAGGUGCAGCAGCAGAAGCUGGCGGAGGAGCGGCGGCGGCGGAACUUACAAGAGGAGAAGGAGCGGAAGCUGGAGUGCCUGCCCCCGGAGCCUUCCCCUGAUGACCCCGAAAGUGUCAAGAUCAUUUUCAAACUACCCAAUGAUUCUCGAGUAGAAAGACGAUUCCACUUCUCACAGUCUUUGACAGUGAUCCACGACUUCUUAUUCUCCUUGAAAGAAAGCCCUGAAAAGUUUCAGAUUGAAGCCAACUUUCCCCGGAGGGUGCUGCCCUGCCUGCCCUCAGAAGAAUGGCCCAACCCCCCCACGCUGCAGGAGGCCGGACUCAGCCACACAGAAGUCCUCUUUGUUCAGGACCUAACAGAUGAAUGACUUUUUUUUCCCCCUGGGUCCUCUCCCCUCUCACCCCAGUCCCUAAGAGAAGUGGGAAAAAAAAAAAAAGAAAAAGAGAGAGAAAUUCAUAUUAUUAUUAUUAUUAUUAUACAAUAUUUUUUUUUAAAGACUGCUGCAUCCUAAGGAAGGAUCAGAAACCACGCUGCCUGCAAGAGUCACCGCCCACAUGCGCAGGAGCGAGCCUCCCGCCUCAGCCCUUGCGCCUCCUAUCGGAAGGAGACUCUGCACCUCCCGCCCGACCGCCAUCCUCCUCCCUAGCCGGCCAGGGAACAUUCCAACUAAUUCCCAUUCUUGCUUUUAUGGAAAGUAAAUGUGAAAAAAGGAAAAAAAAAAAUCUCCAUCCACAGCUAAUGCAGCAUCUCCUGAGGACCGGUUUCUCUGCCUUCCAAGACGAGGGACGCUGGACACUGAGCAGACGGGCCUUGACCUUCCUGCCACUAAGGAAGAACUUUUCACUUGUUUCUGUUGCUUUGCAUUGACCAAAGGAAUGAGGCUGACAUUGGUGUUUUUUCCCCCAUUAGCUUGAUUUGAUAAAAGAGCAAUUCUUCCCCUGAGUUCGUGCCUGGGCUAGCUUGUGCUUCUCUGCCAUUGUCCCUCUCAGGUUCCCCAGAGAGAGGGCCUUCAUUUUGGUCCAACUCUUGCUGUCCUUUCUUGCCCCCUGGGCAGCCCCCUGGAGCCAAGGGAGGAAGUCUGGGUUUAGGACCCCAAAGGUGUAUUGUGAUCUGCAGGUCUAGCAUCUGUACACACCCCUUCAGCCUGUUCUUGGGGUCAAACCAAAGGAGAGCAGCUUCUCAUUCCUCUUCUGACGAGUGCAUGCUGUUCCCUGCCCAGCCCUGAGAGUUCCUGAGUUGCCAAGCUGGUGCCUUUCCAAAGGACUAGCAGGUCCCGUGGUAGAACCAGCAGAACCAUGUGGCAUGCCUGCCUGUGGGAGUGGUGGUGGUGGUGGUGGUGGUUUAAGGAUCAAAAGAACCACGCCUUGAAGGCCUGCCAAGACACCCACUCUGCCUGUGUGGACUGGCAGAAGGCACCUUUCAGUUUCUGUUCGAGCCACCUCUCCCUCCCUCUGUCACUGUGCUGAAGUAAUAGGGACUUGUACACUUCUCGUCUGUGGUCGAGUUUCCGGUAAUGGGUACAUGGGUCAGGCCAUGUAUUGACAGGUGCCAGCGUGAGCUGACAAAUAUUCCAAAGUAUUCCGUAGCUAGACUGCUGUCGACUCGUCCUAAUACUGCGGCCUCUGCAGAUACUGUAGUUCCUUAGCAUGCUGUGAGGCCAAGGGCGGAGGUGCGAGACCAGCCAAGCAGAACAGUCUCCAGAGGCUUCUGUCUGACUUGUCUGACGCCUGGGGCCCCUUCUCCAGCAACGUGAUGCACGGGUCUUCUCUGCAGUCCUCUGUGCUUGGGGCACACACCAAAGGCCCAGUGAGGCACUUUUCUGAUCACAUGGGGAGCCCGAGCACCUCCCAGGGUACAGUAGUCUAGAACACCAGCUCCAGAAAAGCCUCAUUCCAGUUCCCAGCACCUCAAGACCAGGAGUGUGGAGAGCAUGGUCAGAGAUGGGAUCUGGAGUGAAGACUAGCACAAGCUGUGCUCUUUAAGCACCCUUCCUUGGGGCCCGCUUCCUGCUGACACUCGGGCAGAGAGGACUGUUUUCACUCAGGCCCUGCCUCCUUCCCUCCCUCCCUGCUUGGAACCUUGGUGGCAUGCAGGAGGGCACCAGGGACCUUCCCGAGGCAGGGAGCAUAGCAGUGUAACACCUCUUUGGGCUGGCAGUUCCAUCACAUCCACAAUGCCGGCUCUCUGCCUCUUAGCUUUUGGUAACUCGUUCAGUGAAGGAGGUCAGAGCUGGGAAGAGUCUUGUCUGUGUUGGUUAGGUAGUUUGCUGGAGGCUUCGGAAGCUCGCGAUCCUUGCUGGCCCCAUCCAAGACAGGCCUGCCGUGGCCAGGCCCCGCUCCUGCCUGCUGCUCCCAAGCUGUGCCAGCUGCCACCUCUCUACCAUGAGAGACGUGUGACGCUCCCAGGAACAUGAAGGAGUAAGUCCCGAGAAGCUGUGCCCUGCACACAUCUCCUUUCCCACAUCACCCCAGCUUCAGUCAGUUGUGGCUCAGGCAGCUGGUCUUCAGCUAAGCAGAAACGCUCAUCUCAAGUUUUUCUGUGCACUCCUGAGACUGCAGAAGGUGGAGCUGAAAGCCAGACGGUCCUCCUGUUGUGAGUCCGUCAGCUGGAUUUGGGCAACCCUGUGGUGGACCUUUCUGGUCAUUGCCUUCACUUGCGCAGAAUUCCCCAGAGCAACUGUCUUUCCUGGCUUGUAGCCAUUAUGAUGUUUGGAUAAGAGAUGACUACAGGAGAAUAUUCUCUCUUAAAAACAAACAAACAACAACAACACAAAAAACUCAAACUCUUUAACUGAACAGUCAGUAUGAAAACACAGCAAGCAGUUGGUGCCAAGGCCAAGGUAGGAGCCCGAGAGGAUGACUUUGGGAAGGAGAGACCACCCCCCAGACGAGGAGUCAGAGGAGUGCUUUCUGGUGCUUGGACGAGAAGCUCCACUUGACAACUGGUUUUUCUUCAGGCCAUGAAGAAUGAGGUGAAAGGAACCCCACGCCCAUAAGAGGCAGUGCCCCAACUGUACUGCACCUGAAUAGUUACGUCAUGAUUUACUUAAGAAAUCUAGUGUACUUAAAAUUUUUUUCAUAAAAGUUUACAUUGUAUUGUAGGUUAACAUUAAAUGUUUUAUAACAAA